AUGUCUGGCAGCUCCAACACGCCCGAACCGUCGUCCAAGACGUCAAUACAUCCGUCAUUCAUUCGGCUCCCCCCAUGUUGCACCAGCACUGAAGGAAAGGACAAUGUCCUGACGGCACGUAACUACCAGUGGUGGUUCUCUGAGCUCGACGAUGCCCUUCUCGUACCAGAUCCGAGCGACCCGAACCUCGUCCUUUAUCAUGCAGCCAACAAAGCUGCUGCAGCGUGGAUCAAGACGGCUGCUGGCUACACGCAUCGCGCUAUCGUCCAGAAGUUCUCCGAGAAGGGCGAUGGCGUUGGAAUGUACGACGCGCUGCGCAACCAAUUUGGCAAGAUGGCCCCCGUCUCGCUACUUCGAUGUGCAGUCUCUUUCCGUCUCCGUGACAGUUCUCUCCCCGUCGUUGGCACCAAUUGGUCGGAACGCUGCAGCGCAAUCGCGAAUCUGAAGAACUCGCUGCGUGACAAUUGCGCGGGUAUGUCCAUAGAGGACUUCAUCGACGAAAUGGCGUUCCACACCCUCAUUUUCAGUCUUCCCGACGGCGACGAGUUCCAGCAACGCCUCAUUGCCAAUCUUGAUUCGGGCAAGACGACGUUUGAGGACGCGCGCGAGCAGCUCAUUAAGCAUGCUCUCGUGAAGACGACCCGCGCGGAAGCAAACGGCUCCCCUCCCGACGCCGCCCACGCCGUGACAGAGUCCCCAUCGAUCGCAAAGGGUAGUCAGGCUCUUCGAACGGCGCCACACUCUAUUACGUAUGAGGAGCUCGCCGCCGCUGUCCAAGCCAACAUUCGUUGCUUCCAAUGUGGAGGACCGCAUUUCAAACGAGACUGCCCGCAGCUGCGCCAUGGCAACGGUCCACAAUCAAUCCGAUUCCAAGUGCGCGGAGGUCAGCAGACCGGACGGUUCAUUACUGGUCGCUUCAACAACGGCAACGGCUUCCAAGGCGGUCAAAGAGGUCACGCGUCUGGUCAAGCGCCUGCUCGCUGGCGCGACAACGCGAAUGCUGCUCAAGUCGACAACUCCACCACCAUUGAACUUGCUCUGGACGAUCAGUCCUCGCAGUCAUCUUUUCCUAUCGACGCCAUCAUCGAUGGAAUUACGAUUGAUUUCGCUGGAAACGUUAGUUCCCUCCCAUCUCUGCCCAACCACCGCUCUGAUGCCAUCGCCGAUUCAGGGGCCUCCACCCACAUGUCCUGCGUCCGCGAGCGGGUUCUAGAUAUGAAGCCCACUGAUCGUAUGGUGAAGUUGGCAGAUGGAACUCUUGUUCCGGCAGAGGGCAUUGGGCAUAGCUUAUUCCAUGCGUCGAUUAAUGGUGUGCUGGCUUCGAAACAGACUGUUUUCCCCAACGUUCUCUAUGUGCCUUCUCUCUCAAACAAUCUUAUCUCGACUGGGGCUCUCGUCGAGUCUGAGGGAUACACACAAGAGUACGACAGAAAAGGGAUGAGAUUUUUCAAGGACGGCGUACUGCAGUUCACAGCGACUGUCGGAGACAUGCGCGUCCCAGUGCUGGACGGAAAAUUUGCCCUUUCGACCCAUGAGAAUGCUCUGGCUGCAACGUCCUCAUCGGCGCCGCUUGCGGUUUGGCACAAUCGCCUUGGCCACCGCAGCUACGAUGCUCUGGCGAAGCUCAAUUUGCCGCUCUCUGAUCGAAUUGUGCCAAGGACCUGUAUUCCAUGCAUCAACGGAAAACUCACUCGCGCUCCCAGCACCCAACUCGCUCGACGUGCUACUCGCCCUCUCGAACGCAUAUUCUCGGACGUUCAUGGGCCAAUGAGAGUGCAAGGUCGUCAUCAAGAGCGUUAUUGGGUCACCUUUCAAGACGACUACAGUCGCUUUGUUGUGCUAUACUGUGUAAAGUCGAAGUCGGACGUCUUUCGUUGCUUCAAGGAGUUCGUCGCCUGGUCCACAAAUCAGAUGAACACGCGAAGGAUCAGCUUCGAUGAAAACGACAUGCGCACAGUUGUUCGUCGACUUCGAGAUGACAAAGGUGGCGAGUACAUAUCGCGGGAGUUCGAUGAGUUCUGCGCGGCUCUUGGCAUUCAGCGCGAGCAUACAAUACGCGACACUCCUCAACAGAAUGGACCAGUUGAGCGUUUCAACAGGACUCUGUCUGAAGGGGUCGCUGCACUGCUCAACCAGUCAAGGCUUCCCGCAUCGACGUGGGUAGAUGCCGCCAGCGCCUUUGUUCACGUGCACAAUCGAAUGCCCUCGUCAUCCACGGAUGGAAAGUCUCCAUUCGAGCUUUUCAAUGGUGAAGCUCCAUCGUUAGAUCGGAUGCGGACCUUUGGAUGCGAAGCAUGGGUGCAUCUCCAACGUGAUCAGCGCUCUCCAUCACUGGAUCAUGCUGUUCGAGCUGUCUUCCUGGGUUACCCGCCAACUUACAGUGGGUGGCGCUUCGUCAACCUGAGCACUGGGAAGGAGGUCAUCUCAAACUCAGCGGUAUUUGUCGAAGACGUCUUUCCCGGUCGACUGCGCGCCGAUGCAAAAGGUGUCGACUACACGUUUACACCUGGCAUGCUCGACAGUGACGAUUCUCCUCCAUCAUCUCCACAUCCCGCUCCCGCUCCUGCUUCCAUUCCUCCUGCUCCUCCUCCUCUUUCCCCCACCCUUCCUACUUCUCCCUCCCUACUGCAGAACCAGUUGUUCCAGCCACUGUGA